AUGUUCCACGGAAUUAUAGGCACUCCGUUUGAAGUAAACCAGGGCGCCUACGACAAUCUCACGCUGUGGGAGCAGAUGGAUAAUGGCGAACAAUUUCUGCUGAGCACGCACUACUCCAACUACGACGUGGCAACGUUCAUCAUCAACUUUACGGCCGUUUUGAUUCUCAUGAUUGCAAAGCUCCCGGCAUUCCACCGGGUCCGGUUCUUUGGAAUCAACAUGGGCCAGAACGACUACCACUGA